UUUCUAAAAGAUAUUUAACUUCAAAGUUUCUGUAUAUACUCCUUUUGUUUAUUUGUAUUAAAUUUAAUAUACAUCAGUAGUUCAUUUCAGGUUUACGGUUGCUAUUUAUUUAUCACAGUGUACUCAUCGAAACCGUGUAUACUAGCCUUAUUGACAAAUGACAGGUUUUGUCGUUCUGUCAAAUUUUAAUAAAUUUAUUGUUUUUGUUUUGAUAAAGGAUUUACAAAAAGGAUUAAUAAAAUUUUGUAGUAAACAACGUAAAUAAAUAAUAAUGGCAGUUGUGAUCGAUUUAAAUUUCGUCUGCGUUAUUUGCCUUCAAGACGAUGGAGGUGAAUUGAUAUCUGUCUUCUCUGGAGAUAAAGAGAGUAGUACUCAGUCGUCGCCAGAGUCAAGUUUCUCAAUUGCCGAAAAGAUUUCGUUAUGUUCAGGAUUAAAUUUGUCCGAUAUAAGUAUUAAAGUUUCCAACAAAAUAUGUAAUCGCUGUUUGGAUGAUCUUUCUGUUGCUUGGCGCUUCCGAAAGAAUUGUGAAACCACGAAUUCCCUCUUCAGAUCCAUACAACAAGAGGAAAAUGGAGAUGUGUCUUUAAUCAAUUAUGACGUCGAUUGUGAGAAAAUGAAACUUCCUACUUGUUUGAAAAUACGACGAGUUCAUUCUGACAUUAAAUCAUGUAUCGAUACUUGUGAAGUAGAUGGAGAACAAUCUGGCGACAUUGACCAAAGCGAAGUAGAAAAAUCUCAAGAUGACUUGGAGUCAAUUUCAGGUUUCGGAAUAGUAGAAUAUAUUGAUGAAGAUGAACAAAAGCAGUCUGAUGAAAGCACAGAUUAUUUUAACUGUAUUCGGGAAGAAAGUCUUGAAGCGAAUGAGAAUUUUAAAGUAAUUCAGAAACAAUCUACUACAGAAAAAGUAAGUAACGCAAAACUUGUGAAGAUACAAAAUGAAAUCAAUACUACAGAAUAUGGAUUGAAAUUUGAAGCUGAAAUAAAACAAGAAUUCACAGAAGAUGGAGUCGAAGAUGAUAGUAUAGGUUUUAUAAGUAAACAAACAGAAAAUGAGUUUCCGAAGAGCGAAAAAAAAAGAAUUUCAUCUUCUAAUAACUCAAAAACUAAUGCUGAAAAAGGAAUAACAUUUAACAGGAAAUUGAGUUAUAAAAAAUUAUCCACUCCGAGUGAAGUGAAGUCCAAUGGUCCUCAAAAGUUAUCGCAUAAAAGCAAAGCAUUUCAUGCUUCUAUCAAGAUUUGUGAGAUCUGUGGAAACAUUUACAAAUAUCAACAUGCACUAAGCGCUCAUAUGCGUAGACACAAUAACGACCGGCAGUUCGGUUGUGAACUUUGCGACAAGGCAUUUGUUUCGAAUGUAGAGCUUAGACGACAUAUGCGUGUGCAUACGGGUCAAAAGCCAUAUCCUUGCUCUUUUUGUGAAAGACGUUUUUCCGACUUUGGGUCGCGAAGUAAACACGAACGCACACAUACUGGUGAGCGACCAUAUCGUUGCACAACAUGCAAUAAGUCCUUUGCAUAUCCACAUGUUCUGACUGUACAUUUACGAACUCAUACGGGUGAGAAAAAAUUCCAAUGUACACGAUGUGGUAGAGGCUUCACAAAGAAAGCAUACCUCUUAGCUCACUUAGAAAACCAUACACGCUGUGAAAACAUAUCAUCAAUUACACGAAUAAAUGAUAAUGAAUCUGCUGUUAGUAUAAAAUCUGAUUCUGAUACGACGCAACAACAAGAAAUUACUGCAAUAAAAACAGUGGCCUUCGAGGAAUGCAUAUUUACCACAGAAUUAGUUAAUGAUAGUGGAAAUUUAACCAACGGAGACGAUGACAUAAGCCGUUGUAAGAUGGAACUCGAAGAUACGAUCGACGAGGAACACUUAGAAGAUGAUAAUGAUGUCGAAUACAUUUUGGGAAACACUCAACAGCUCAAACGUGUAACUAAUUAACUGCUUGGGAGCAUAAAUAUGUAUCCUACGCAUAGUUGUCAUAUGAGAAGUAAUUUCUGAAAUAUAUUUCAUAUUGGCACACGAAGAUCCUUCAUGCCAGGAGCUCACCUGCUGGACGAGGUGAAAAUUUUCGUGGCAAUCCUAAUUACCUCACUUGUAGAAACCACAUGUGGUGAAUGAUAUGCUGAUAAAGAUCUACAGCCAUAACUUUUCAUCAAUGUAUUUAUUAGUAUUUGUAUUAAUAAUAAGGAAAUAUAUAGAUGUAUUAUUAUAAUGAACAAUAAAUUGUUAAUAUUUAUUGAAAGAUUAUACCUCUUCAGAAAUUAUUAUUUUACAACAUAAGUAUAGCUACGAAAUAAGUACUUCAAAAAGAUAUCUACACAUGUACACAUGUACAAAUUUAUGCACAUAUAUGUAAAUUAUUUGGCACAAAAACUAAUUUCGUCAGCACUGUUCGUAAGCCGCCAUCAUUUCAAUGGCCUUAUUAAAAUUUCCACAGACUCUAAAUACAUGCAUAAAAGUGCCAAAUAUGAAUAAAAACAAUUGUAUCAAUAAGAAUAUUCUACAAACAAAUAAGAACAUGUGGGAAUAAUUAAAGAAACCACAAGUUUUAAUCGGCUUCAUAAGCUUGUGAGUGUGCUUACAUUCCACUUAUAUAAACCGGUUCCUCAAUAGUUCAAUGAACACUGAUUAAUAGAUUACGGAAGAUAUCAUGAUGAUCAUGUAUUUUAAAGCAAUAAGAAAUGUGCACUCUUAAAGUUGUUACGUUUACAGUAAAUUCAUUUUAUUUUUAAAACAUAUUUCGAUGACAAAAAGAAAGACAUUUUGAAAACGGAAUCAAUAAAACUUGAUCAACUUAAAUACAUGUUGAUAUAUUAGCCAUAAUAAUAUGUAUUGUAUAUUGUAUUCUACUUUACUGUUAUUUAGGAAAUUAAAUAAAUAUUUUUUAGCAAA